UUGUGCAUGCAAUUGUAAAGAUCAUGUGGGUCACCAAAGAAAAAUAUGUGUAAAUUGAAAGCGUCAAAGUCUAUGCUGUGUUUACAAUGAAAAGGAAAUGGAGAUUUACUUCAUACUGGUUGCCAGUUUUCUUAGCUCUGCACUAUGUGAGCACAUUACAUCCAAAUGCCAUGGAAACAACUACAUGAAUUCUAUAUGUCCCAACUCCUCAGAGGUUAUUGUCAUCAAACAACUACAGUAUGGAGCAAAAUUAAAUGGCGAAAACUGUCCUCAGAAUGAGCAGCAUAACAAUAAUACGUGUUGUUCACAUGAGUAUACUGACUGUUUAAAAGAUGUGACUGAUUAUGCCAAUAAAUAUUUAUAUUUUUCUCGCUUGUCUGGACAAAAUGGUAUUUCACAAAAUACAGCCACACCCUGGAUCCGAAUGGAAUGUGGAAAUCGCACUUACCCCUACUCUGACUAUGUUCAGGUGGUGUUUGAUUGUACUAAAGUUUCAGAAAUCAAGAACUUAUGUGACUAUCAGAAAAUGACCUCAACAAAUGGAGGAUUGUAUCUCCACAGGGAACAACAUUUAAACAUUAAAAAUACCUGUGAAUGCAUGAUCAUAUCAUCAGAGAGUUCUACAAUCAACGUAUUUGCCGUUGACUUGAGAUUGCAGCCACAGUACCCUGUUAAUGAAAACCUCACUGGGGACUGUACAAAUGCAACAAAUAUACUGAAAAUUAGUGAUAACAUCAAUAUGACAAGCAUUGAAUGUGAAAAUGACACCAUUUAUGGAGAACUUGAAAAAUUAUAUUCUUCAUCCGAAAAUUCUAUCAAUAUAUCAUACUCAGAAAACGGGAAAGAGCCUCAAAGCGUUUGA